AUGGUGGUGUCCAAUAACAUGAGAAACUGUGGUGAAGACAUACCAAAUGUCAAAAUUGUUGAGAAGAUUCUACGUACUCUCGCCGAGAAAUUCAAUUACAUUGUAUGCUCAAUUGAGGAGUCAAAGGACAUUGAUAGUCUCUCAGUUGAUGCUUUACAAAGCUCGUUAUUGGUUCAUGAGCAGAAGUUUAGAAAGAAUGGUGGAGAGGAGCAAGCACUAAAGGUUAGUUAUGAUGAAAAAGGAAGCAGAGGGCAUUUUCAAUACAAAUGUUCUAGCAGGGACAAGAAAGCCAACUAUGUUGAGGUUGAUGAGGAUGAAAAGAUGCUCCUGAUGGAUUUUGUGGAAACUAACAACACAAAAAGGGAAGAGAUGUGGUACUUAGAUUCCGAAUGUAGCAAUCGCAUGUGUGGGAAGAUGCAGUACUUCUUAGAUUUUGAUGGGAAACAACACAAAGAGGCAAUUGUAAAAAAAAGUCAAUGGCAUGCUUCCAAGAAAUUGCAACUUGUACAUGCUGAUAUCUGCGACCCAAUCACACCAUCCUCUAAUAGUGAUAGAAGGUACAUUUUAACAUUCAUUGAUGAUUAUAGUAGAAAGUUGUGGAUAUAUUUUCUGAAUGAAAAGUCUGAGGCAUUCACAACAUUCAAACAUUAUAAGAGUCCUAUUAAAAAGGAGUUUGGAGUACCUAUAUAUUGUUUACGCACUGACAGAGAAGGAGAGUUCACCUCCAAUGAGUUCAAUACUUUUUGUAAAGAUAAUGGUAUAAGCAGACAACUCACAGCAGCUUACACUCCACAACAGAAUGGGAUAGCCAAACGUAAGAAUUGA